GCAAACACGGGUAGAAGACCUCGUGUCUGCAGCGUCACCACGAUAAAGGCAAACACGAGAAAGCAAUCUUCCCUUCCGGAAUACCGCGCAGGAAUGCGGCGUAACGUUCUGCUAACCACCAGGCAUCUGUCCUGCGUACAACAUGAAGCUCAGCUAGAAGUUUGCACCCUCUCUACCUACUUCUAGAAGUGUACCGCGAGGUCUUGAACGCUCGAAAGAUACUUUUGGCGAGAACAGGACGUGAGAUGCAAGCGUCGGAACUGCCACUUGCACCUUCUAGGUUUAUGCUUGAAAGAACGUUUGCCUGCUCCCCAGUGACAUGUACUGUACAUGCGGGCAUCGUACCCGGCGAGGUCUCUCCACACCCAGAGUACAACUGGGGAAGUUCAAGGCUGCGCAUGAGUUUGCGGAGAGGGCAGAAGUAUGACAGCCGAGGGCAUUCAGCGAACCUAAGCAACAUGACCUCGAAUCCUGGCGUCAAGAGAGUUCACUUGAUUAUGGUCUGGCUCGAGGGAGCGUCCUGGCGUUGGUGGAAAGGCAUGCGGUACCGGCGAGAAGGCACACUUCAGUACGUGAAGUCAGGCUGCUUGCCCUGCAGUAUGUCCUCCGAUACGGCAUUCUACUUCAUGUCAUACGACAGCAGCGAAAAACGGGCGACUAGUAGUACGUCAGUCAGCCCUCUACCACAGCCUUCGUAGCGAGGACACGGAAACGGAAAUAUGCCCAGAUCUCAGUAUUGGCUUUGGUAAAACAGGGGUGAGUGUGGUAAGACUUGCCCGUUUCCCAGUCGCUCUGCUGGCUGGAAUGCGUUCG